UUUCCUAACCACAAUUCACAGUAAUUAUUUCUCUUUGUGAUUAUAGUUACAAAUGCCGAAGGUUUUUUUUCUUACAAUGUAAAAAUGUCUAGAAUUAGAUAAUGUUAUUCAAUGUUCUAGCAUUGGUACUUUUACAUUGAAAUAUUUGCCGGAAUACUAUUUUAUCGCGUGUUACUGAUCGAGAACUUCACUCUAGAACUCUAAACAUCAAGAAAUUACGUAACCAUGGGUAAAUUUUACCCAGCGCAUAAUUUUCACUUGCUCAUAAUUUUCACAGAAAUGAUUAAAAUUCAAUUUUUUUUUAAUCGGAGUAGAAAAUAUCGAGGAAUAUGAAUCUACUAAUGUUGUUGCGAUUCAAUAAAACUGAAAGAAGCUACGACGAAAAAACAAAACACAUAUUUUUACGAACGAUGACGUCUGAAAAGUUGGUCCGGCAAAUUUUAUCCAUCUUUUGCGUUCUGAGAUUAAUUAUCUGAGCUCGCUAAUAGUUUUUUUUUUUAUAAUAAUGUCACGUACAUUGUCGUCGUUUUUCUAAUUAGACGCGAGCAUCCGUGUUUGAUCGGCGAAUUAUCGUAGUCUCUCAUCAAACACACGACUUCGUUCACCGGAAUCGCCGCGUCCCGGCAACAUUAUUAACUUGACUUACCGAUGCGACAUUUUUUCCUGCGCUACUUAUCCAACAUUUAAUUUCCUCGCGGUCACGCUCGUAACCUUUGCGCCGCGGCGCAUUGGCUGCAGUUUUUCGCCUUUCGCCGCUCGCCUUUCCGUCUCCGCGGUGCCGUUACGAACUUUUUUCCACGACUCGAGAGCAAACGGAGAGAAAGAGAGAGAAUGACUUUUUGUUUCAUAAAGUUAUGCCCGCGAACCUUUUUCACCGAGUGGUUCUGUACUGAAGAGGAGUGUGUAACGAAGCGUCGCCGAAUUGAAAAAUUUAAUUAAGCAAUAGUCGGUUGAUUCGAGUGCUUCACCGCGAUAUUAAGUCGCUUCACUCGAGUCGAAAUUUUAGUUUCGCAUUAACUUCACAUGAACUAUUUUCAUAUUGAGUUGUUUUCAAAACGAUUUGCUUUAGAGAAUCAAAUUGAUAUUCGACACGACAUCGAAUAUUCUACCUACAUUUAAUAUUCGAAUAUUCUACCUUACCUCCGUCCUUAAUUUCAACAAAGAACGUGUCAAUUAUGUUUACUUAAAUGCAAGUAGAACAUGCAAAUAUGAAAUAAUCCAAUAAAGAUUAAUGGUUGAAUAUAAAUGAUGAAUAAUCAAGGCAGGAAAUUUUGUUUCUUCACAACCUCGCUUCUAUUCAUCUUUUUUUUACUGACGUCGGGGAAAUAUAUUUGUAAAAUAUAUAUCUACACGUCUGGAAAUAUAUGAUGUAUCGCUGCCCGCGUCUCGGUGGUCCGCAUAUUGUCCGCAAUAUUUUCGCUAGUAUUUUCGCGUGAUUCCGUUUUUAUUACCUCGACAUUCGGACGAUCUGUUUCUAUGUAAAAAUGUUAUUCCACUCGUCAUAUCCCGUUUAGUUUCACGUCAGUGCCGUCACGUACAUAAAACACUCGCUUUUGUCGCUUUUUGUCCGGUAACAAUGAGCCUCGUAUCCGACAGAAACUGGUUGUGGGUCUGCUGUUAUUUUCAGUAUCUGCGCCAUAGAGCGCUCGGUGAAUUUUAAUUUACAUUUCCCUCCCCGUGUCUCGCUCAGCCCGCGUCUCGCUCCUCUCCACCGUCACUAAGCCGUCGUGAAACGCAAUCGCCCUCGCUAAAGCAAUCUCUCGACCUUGGAGAUUAUGUCGAAGGUCCUGUUUCAAUAAGUAAUUUCGCAGAGACAAUGUAUUAAACUGUGACGCGUUGCGUCGCGUCGCUAAAAUUGAGAAUAACAACGUUACAAGUUUCUCGUGAGAUGAAUGAGGCACCGCCGAGUAGUAUGCGUGAUGUCGCGAUAUCCGUAACUUUUUACGAAGUCACGACUUCUCAAUCCCUCGCGCCAAGAUUAAGAUUCAAAAAGUUUGCAACAGGCAAUAUUUGUUUUUCGUGUAUCUCGUGUAGUAUACAUACAAGAUUUUAGAGCAAAAAUUACUGUAGAAUGUUUAAUCGACGAAUAGAUCGACAUUCUGCAGUAAUUUACUGCCUCUUCAUUUCGCACAUGCUUUUUAUAUUUUAGAAAUUGAAAUGUAAUGUUAAUACAAAAUUUGCUAUGUUUCCAGCGAAAUUUAUUAUGUUCCUUAGCAAAAUAGAAGGUCUUCUUUUAUUUGACAGUUCUCCUCUGCACUACUAGAACAUAGUAAAAUUAGAAAGAUUUCAUAUAUGCAAAGAAAAUGGGACAAUAAAAAAUAGAAGAAUAUUCUCUCCUUAUGUGCGGACAUAGAUUUCUCAAAAUCCACUCGAUGUGAAUUUUAACGAAAUUUAUUAAUUACAAAUUAAUAAAUUAAUUUGUAAUUAAUUUUCAAGAGGAACGGCCAGCGAUCUGAGAGAUAUCAAGAGAUGGGAAAGAAUAAUUAUCCAAAUAAUCGCGGAAAUUGAUCAUUUGCUUCGCUGAGUUCGUUCUCUCGUCCAAAGCGCGCUUUGUUCUUGUCCGAGAAAGUUACCCGCGGAUGAGACUCGUUGCCUCGAGGCAAAGGGUUAAGGGAGAGAAGAGACCCACGGAAAAAUCGAUAGUCUUCCUAACCUGCCGCACGAUUAUCUUAAAUUAUCGUUCCAGAGAUUAUCGCGAAUUACGAGCGAACGAAAACCACGUAAUCCCGUGGUGUGUGCGCGCACGCUCGGAGAACCAGACGUUCUCCUCCUACACACCCUGCGUCGCUCGCUGUAACCCGUACAACCAACAACGUCGUGUUCCCGUGCAGCCAGACACGCCGAAAAAUCCGCAACGACCCGUUCAGCCGCGAAUUCUGAUUUAUCUGCCGCGUCGCGUCGCGACCUUCAUACUCCCUCGGUGCAUCGGCCCCUGGCGCCCCUUUCGCUCCUCACCCCCGCAGUUUUCCGCCCUUCCGAGCGAAGGGUGACGGGGAGCGGAUGGCGGCGACGGCGGCGGCGGCGGCGGCUGGCGAGGAGAGAGGGGUGGAAGGGUGUUUUUUGCCGGACGAAGUAAUUCCACCGGCAGACACCCCCACCAGUCUGUCGGCCGCGUGGCGAUACACGCAUCCCCUCCUGUCUCGAUAAUCGCCCACGGUGGGGAUGCAUUCGGGGGUGGCGACGGCGGCGGCCGACGGCGGCUGGCCGGAUGGUUGGCUGGCCGCUAAGGGGUUGCGUUGCGUCGCGACGCUGCCGCCACCGCCGUUGUCGUUUCUUGCGGAUUCUCUCGGCGAUAGAGGGUAGCUCUCAGUCGACGCGCGAUCACCCUGCACGUGACACCCGCAUCGCGUACCCGUCGUGCCGCAACCCCUCCCGCAGCUCGCGGCGGCCGCUUUGCCUCCGAUCGAAGGGGCGUGUGAUAGCGCGACCAGAACACGAGAGCACGGCGAGUCGAAGAGCAAGCUUUCGAUUCCGAGUCAUGCGACGAAACGAGGAGUGAGUUCGGCGCUUCUCUCGCAAAGCAAGACCCACGUGUUCCGCACUCGCGCGUGCACGCGCGCGCUAAAAACUCCGACAUGUUCGCCGCGAUGGUGCUGCACAAGCAUAACAAGCACAACAACAAUGGCAACCACUCGAAUCAUCGCGCGAGCAACAACAACUCCGGCACCAACACCAGCAAUAACCUCAGCAACAGCAAUCACGUCAAUAACAACGUCAACAACGUCAACCGGACGUUCAGCACGCGGGCGAAGGUGGACCCCGAGCUGAUAUUUACGAAACAAGAGCGAAUCGGGAAGGGUAGCUUCGGCGAGGUCUUCAAGGGUAUCGACAAUAGGACCCAGCAGGUCGUGGCCAUCAAGAUCAUCGAUCUCGAGGAGGCGGAAGAUGAGAUCGAGGACAUCCAGCAGGAGAUAAUGGUGCUGUCGCAAUGCGACAGUCCGUACGUCACCAAGUAUUAUGGGUCUUACCUCAAGGGUACGAAGCUAUGGAUCAUCAUGGAGUAUCUGGGUGGCGGCUCGGCCCUGGACUUGAUGAAGGCCGGUAGCUUCGAGGAGAUGCACAUCGCCGUGAUAUUACGCGAGGUGCUCAAAGGGCUGGAUUAUCUGCACAGCGAGCGUAAGCUCCAUCGCGAUAUUAAAGCGGCGAACGUCUUACUGAGCGAAAUGGGCGACGUCAAGUUGGCCGACUUCGGCGUGGCCGGCCAGUUAACCAACACCACGAGCAAACGAAACACCUUCGUCGGCACGCCGUUCUGGAUGGCGCCCGAGGUUAUCAAACAGUCCGCUUAUGAUUCUAAGGCUGACAUUUGGUCCCUUGGCAUCACGGCGAUCGAACUCGCGAAAGGGGAGCCGCCUAACAGCGAACUGCAUCCCAUGAGGGUCCUCUUCCUAAUACCCAAGAACAAUCCGCCACAGUUGACCGGGAAUUACACGAAACAGUUCAAGGAGUUCGUCGAAGCUUGCCUCAACAAAGACCCCGAGAACAGGCCAACGGCGAAAGAGUUGCUGAAGUUCCAGUUUAUUCGAAAAGCAAAGAAGAACUCGUACCUAAUCGACCUGAUUGACAGGUACAAAAAGUGGAAGUCGCAACGCAGCGAGGAGUCGGAGACCGAGAGUGAGAAUUCGGACUCGGAGGAAUCCAAGCAGGAUAGCGACAUGGACGAGCCGUGGAUAAUGACGGUGAAAGGCCCGCACGGGGUCAAAGGAUCCGUGGUGCCUAUGCUGCCGCUGAACGAGCAGCCGACAUCCUUGACCCUAACACACACGAAUCAUAGGUCCUCCAAUCAUAGUCAGGCGGGCAAACCGCACGCGAACGGCGCCUCGCGAUCACCACCGAAGGAUUCCACGCUGAAUCACUACAGAAGCGAGUCCAGAGAUUCGUUGCGCGAUGGCCAAGCGAAACCGUCCCGACCGCACGAGGCCGCGCCUCCACCACCGGUGGACACGAGAGAGAAACGAGGAGAGGACAGAGAGUAUCGCGCUUCCAGCCGGGAGUCCACGAUUAGAGAAACGAAGGAGACGUUCCACGAGAGGGACAGGGACGUCCGGGAGCGAGAACGGGAUAGAGAGGGCAGAGAUCGGGAAAAAAACAGGGAUUUCAAUACGCGAGAGAAGAGGAGGAACAGUAAACUGGAAGUGCCCAUCGCCCCGAUGGUCGAUCACAGAUCCGGCGAGGAUAAACAGAGGCCGAGGAGCUCGCAAGAGCUUAAGCAUCCCCGAAGCGUCGCUCUAUCCAGCGUGGUCCUGCCUCUGCUUUCCGAGCUUCAACGAAAGCAUCAAUAUUCGACGAGAGACAAUAACGGCGAAGGCGGCAGCGGCAUCGGCAAAAACGGCGGCGCUAUAGAGGAAUUACGCGGCGCCUUCGAGUCGGCGGAACGCACGUCGCCGGGAAUGACGGAGUCGCUUAUCCGCGAAUUGAUCAAAUCUCUACUUCCGCCCAAUCACUCGGAAGGCCGUCUGUCCAUGCUGAUGGAGAAGGUCAUCUUGAGCGAUACGUAGGGACGCGAGAGGACGAAGGUCCGCAAGAGAUUGUGGUCCCAAAACAUCCUGACGUUGUAAAACCAUUCGUUAUUUCUCUCGAUUAUCAACUUACCAAUCAGCAUGAGCCGAAUGUCAUCGUCGAUUCGAGUGGCGAUUCCGAACGUGAACGUGAAGGGAGCGCAUUACUUCCCACCCCUGCCGCCCGCCACCCUUCUCCUACUUUUUCCCCGCAAUCCUCACCGUAUAUUCAGCAGCUGAUCUUGAAGACCACGCUACAACGAAGUUCAUCGAAAUUCUACGAAGUAGUCUAUUGAACGAACCGCCUCGUCUCUAUCUAGCUACCUAUCCAUCUACUAUCCUACUUACCUACCUACCUACCUCGCCGUAGGAUAAAAUACGUAGACGGCAGACACACGCGAAACGUUGUGCCAGUGUUCUUGCAGUUCCUACUCGUCUAAUUGUUAUCGAUCCUGUCCCGGACUAUUUCAAUUGGAUUGUCACAUUUGCGUGCUCGUCCAUUUCCUGUCGGCCGACAGUCCGUUACACCCGCGGAUCAUGACCAUCGCUUUGUUCUCCAGCUUCUAAUUUUUUUUUUUUUACAUCUUUAAUUCCGUAACCUAAGCGAAGAGGUGAGUGGACGUCGUGAAGUUAUAUUUUAUACUGAGAAACCAAAAUACGAUGCAAAAGCACAACUCAGUUCGUAUAUUCGUUGUCGAGAACGUAUUCUUCUCGAAAGUCAUCGACAAAUUGCGAAACUGUCGGUCGAUUUCUGUGCAACCUUAGACAGUUAGGACGUUCUUCGUUGCUGAUAGAUUAAAAAGACGCGGAGUGCGAUCACUUGCACAAAUAGCCUUAGAGCUCCUCCCGACAGCGUAUUCGACUUUAUAUAGCUCUAGAGGACCUGUCUCGGAAGAAAAGAGCGGGAAAAAGAAACGUGUAACGUUCUAGCGACUUUAUGGCGAUCAAUUACUACGAGUAGAGAAAGGCGGAAAUUAAGCGACAGCGUGUUCGCGAGAAGGCUGUAUCGGAACUUCCGUUUACGCGAUAGCAGCGCGCCUGUCCGACACAAGAAUUCCUUGAACCUCUUUCAUGUUCGGCGCGAGCACGAUAUCCGGCGAUACGAGAGCGAAAUUGUACAGACUCGGCAGAAAACGAGGAGUAUUUGAUGAGUUGGUCUUGCCUCAAUGUAGAUACGUCCGCGGCAUGCACUAUCGAGUCAUACCGAGCACACACACACGUGAUAUAAGUGAGAAAAAAGAAAUAGAGGAAGCUCUCGAAGCUACUGCUGAGGGGGCUUCGAGAACGGAGCUUUUACGAUGACACAAUGUUUUUACAAAUAGAACAUUUAUUUAACAGUGCGUUUCGCUGAGCGAGAAAGAGAAGAAGAAGAGAGAGAGAGAGAGAGAGAGAGAGAGAGAGAGAGAGAGAGAGAGAGAGAGACAGAGUCAGAGUCCUGUAGCAGCCGAGCUAAAGAAAAAAUGUGUUCUCAGAGUAGAUUUCUUCCCGUUGCUUCCUACGCUAGUGCACGUUUCGGACGCGAAAAGAGCAGGUUUAAGAAAUGAGCUCUAGCGUUAGUAGCUAGAGGCGUUGUAAAUAUGUAUGUAGCGCGAUAAGAUAGUCUUAUUGUUCAGAUCGACGUCUUUACCAACUGGUCGCACAGCUCCGUUGAACGAUCUUGUUACCCUCGAAGAAGAGAUUCCUUUCCUCAUAAGUCAUCGUUUGUCACUGAGACAGAUGAUAGACGAUGUGUAGGCUACGUAGACGAGUCGCCGUUGCAAAUUUACCGGGGAGCUUUUAUCGUUUCGUCGGUGUAGUUGCCGCUUGUUGCAUAAAUCGCAGAUAUAAACCGUUACACAGCAGCCGUGUUUAAACAUCCGUGUGCGCGCGACACAUAAUAGCGUUCGAGUGUAUGUAUAUAUGUAUAUAUGUGGUGUAUAUACGCACACACACACACAUACACAUAUAUAUAUGUCCUUAAUUUCUAGUUGUGAAAAUCUCACUUUGGAAAUCGUCGAUGAGGAGCAACGCUAUCCUAGAACUCUAUCGUCUCCAGUAUACGUAGAAUCGCGAAAGGUGCUCCAAUCUUUCCGCCGCGCCUUAAUGAAAUAUCGCCUAUGUCAUUUUAACAAUAACGGAAACAAUAACGGAGUCAUUGCACGUUGACGAGCAACGUGUUAAACCGUUCGAGCGCUCUCGUCAGAUCGUGAAGGAAUGUAAUGACGAGCGUGCGACUUGAACAGUUUUGCGAGAGAGAAAUGAGACCAGAAUGCGGGCGCUUUUUACGAGUUUCUUUAUUCCUCGCAUAAGAUUGACGUGGAAUGACUCGACAAUCAAUUCGGACGGCACGAGAGUACAGAGGCAUUAUUGCCGCCUACUACUAGGAAAGUGCGAGGAGAGUUUCGCGAACUUGAACGUGCGACGCACGUUUCUUCAUUACGACAACACAACAACAGACAAUUACACGGAACUUGAGUUUCACCGUUCUUCCAGUUUUGAAUUUUUAUGUCGAACAAUACACAAAUUCCUAAGAGAGAACCUUUUGUUUUCACGAUCGAGUCCGAGCUGCGAUGACUCCCGGAGGGCGUCGACACUUAAUCCACGUUGUUUGUAUAAACUAAUGUAUUUUAUAAAAUAUAUUAUAUAGAAAAAGAAAUUACACACACACAUACACGCGCGUGCGUUCGCGCGCGUGAUAAGGGUAGAAAGAGAGAGAGAGAAAGAAAUUGUAGGACGUCAUCUACGGGGUGGUUGCAGAAAAGUUUCAUGAGCAAAGGCACGCGUAUGUAGAAUACAAUGCCUAUAUUCUGUGUACGAUGAUUUCAAGGGAGGUCACAAGAAUAGUGAUAUUGAGCACGUGUGAGAAAGAGGAGAGACAGAGUAACUAAGGUCCGUAUCAAUAGUCGUGACUCGAAACUCCUCUCAAGCGAGAUACUCAGAUUUGAGUUGAGAGUUUGAUAAUAUCUUCUCAGUUGAAUCACGAUUACAGAUACAAUGUCACACGUAUCGUACAAUUCAACUGAAAAACUUAAAUGUAAUCCUGAGCAAAAAUCUAAGUAUCUCACGUGAGAUGAACUUCAAGUAUCGACUGUUAAUGCAGGCCUAAGAGUCACGAGUCCUUAGAGAAGAUACGCCAAUUAACAGCGGAAAUCGAUACGUAAGAUGGCAAGGAGACUUAAUUACAUUACCGAGAACGAUUACCGCGCCAAACUAGAGCAUUUGUUUUCGAAUUUCAAAACUUAAUUAACGUUUUCAUAAGCAUCGCGACAGAUUCCGGAAGAAGCACUUUUUCAAUCGAGUCAAUCUUGUUUGCUUUAUCAUUAAAAUAAUCAUUUCCUGCAAGAAGCAAGAAAAGUGACUGCAAAAUAUCGGAAAUCUCUGCUCUGCUACGCCUUUUCUCGCUUUACCUUUCUACUUUUCCCGCCGCCCGCCUAGAUGAGAAGAGUACACGAUAUGUAUUGAUUUUACUUUUAGUUAUGUUAAUUAUUCGUUACGCUGUAUCGUUAAUACGGUACUCCCCUUCCCCUCCCCCCACCCCUGUAUCAACUGAACAAUUUCGUUUCUUGCAUUAAAUCGUAAGAGAGAAAGAGUGAUGUUUUUUUUUUUUUAUUAUUAUCGCGCGAUCUCGCGAAAGAGCCGUUUUUACGGUUCGACUCGAGCUAUCGUCUUAUCGUUGUCUCACCGUUCAGUUAAGUUUCAGAUCAUUUCUUUACGGCGAUCGCUAGCCACAGUAGGCCUCGCUGCCAUAAAUGCUUACCGGUUACAUCGUGCGCGAGCAUCGUGACGCGGAGCGUCUCCGUGUCGAGUCUGCGAAACGAGAAAAGACUUAUGGCUGUGUAAGCAGUACAGGUUCGUUAGGAGAAGAAAAUUGUCAGGCCACCCGCGGAGUAGCGAUUGAUUUUACGUUGACAAUGUUCAUCCGUGUGAUUAGAAGCACAUCCUUCCCGUGGCCCGUCCUCAGUCGGAACUGUACGCGUACGUACAGCUAGCUGAUUAAAGCUCGCGACACUUCCCCUCGACUAGUUCUGCAACGUAUUCCGCAUCUAAUAGGAAAACGGAUGUCUCUUAAGGAUUACUAAACAACAAACUCUCCUAUUGAAUACGAAAUGCGUUACGAGAAGAGACCUCACCGAGGAAAGGUGCCGCAACCUUUAAUCAGGCGGCUUUGCGAAGGUCGGAAGGUGCUGAAAAAUUCACGCGAUUUCUCCCGGGAAAGUCCCCGGCGUUAUCAAUGUGGCGGGAAAUCUUCCUCUCUACCAGUCCCGGUUUAAGCGUGUCUACGACGGGAAAUGGGAUUUCGUUGUGACUCGCGCCUCAUCGCGAUUCCCUCUCGGAAUCGUCCGCUUAGAAUUCUCCUCGAAGCGCACUUCGAGUCUUUGCUCGAGGGUGCGAGGACGAGACGCCGAGAACUGACGAGGACAUGAUCGGGGGAAAUUUCAGAGGAGAACGCCCGUAGAGCGGAAUGUUUCCCGAGAGAUUUGCGGUCGAGUCUUUUUAUUUACGCGUAGCCAUACUUAAUUCAGCUAAGGUACCGCUAUUUUGUUUCUUUUAUUACGUUUCGCGCGAGGUGAUCGAACGCUGAACGUUCGUUCUUCCGUUUUCUCAAGUAUGUGUGUACACUGAGAGAAAGGAAAUGACUAAUGUUAUCGGCAAACGACUCAAUUAAUUGACGGUUAAUUAAUUUCAUCAAUUAAUUUCAUCGUGAAUUACAUUUAUUUUGGGCGCCAAUCAUUUGUUUAUUAUUCGAACUAAUGGCGCUGUGCACAUAUCAGAAUGUUACAAUAACACUUAGUAUAAAAAUGAGUUUGCUGAUUAUGAUUGUUUUAUAAUGCAAAAUUAUAGUCACAAAUACCAGAUACUCUGUUUUCCUCAGUGUAGAUUGUGAUGAUGUAAAAGCGAACGAACGAACGAACGAACGCACGAUGUCGAACUGUGAUUUUCGAUUUCUAUCGAAGCUCGUUGCUUUUCCUUUUUGUUCGUCUUUGACGCAUACGUUGAUCUACAUUAAUCGAUUAAUCGAGCGAGAUUUUCCACAAAUCCGGGUAUCGAGAUCAUGGCAAGACAGAUGCGACGUGCACCCUUUCGUUUGUCGACGGUCUCGAGAGAAGAGAUCCGCUCACGAUUCGCGAGCCGCAUUCAACCCGAAUUACGUGUCCUACCGUAUCCAGCACUCUUCUUUGUAUUGUACUUUUAGCUACUAUCCAUCUAAUAUAUUCAACAUUAUAACAUUGUGGUAAAAGAGAAAAAAACAUUAAUAUCUCGGCGUAGAGAGUACACACACACACGUACACACAUACACAGACACACAUAUGUAUGUAUAUAAAUAUAUAUAUUUUUUUUUGUAUUUUAAUUCUACCUUGGCUGCGUUGAACUGUAUUAUACUGAUUGUAUGUGGCAUGCUGAGGGCGUGUACAAAUACGAAAUAAAAAUUAAAUAAAACACGA